AUGUCGUCUCUGCGACAGCGUAAGGGCGUGACAAAUGAUGAACAUUCCUCUACGAUAGUAAGUGCAUCAUCUGUCGUCUCGAACAAGACUUCUACAGCGUCUGUUGAUGGCGUGGAUCCUAAGAACGAGGAGUCUGAAGCGAUCGACUGGUCGUCCAUCAUGCUAUUACUACUGCUAUAUACUUUGCAAGGCAUUCCUAUGGGUUUAUCCAGUAGUAUUCCAUUCAUUCUGCAAGAGAAAGUGGGCUAUGGAGAUCAAGCGACCUUUAGUCUUGUGUCCUGGCCCUUCAGUCUCAAGCUGCUUUGGGCACCAUUUGUAGACUCGAUCUACAGUGAACGCUUUGGUCGUCGCAAGUCGUGGCUCAUCCCUGUGCAAUUUACCUGCGCGGCGCUCAUGGUAGUGGGCAGCUGGUUCAUGAGUGAUCUACUGGGUGAAGGUGAGGGCCAGAAGCCGCAUGUCGUCUACCUCACGGCCUUCUUCUUUGUACUCUACUUUAUGAUGGCCACACAGGACAUCGCCGUCGACGGUUGGGCCAUCACCAUGCUCUCUGAAAAGAAUGUGGGCCAUGCAUCCACGUGCAACACGGUGGGUCAGACGAUCGGCUACUUUGUAGCUUAUGUGGGCUUCCUGGCACUCAACGACCCGGCGACGUGUAACAGCUACAUGCGCAGCGAACCUGCAGACGAGGGCAUCGUGUCGCUGCCGGGCUUUAUGAGCUUCUGGGGAUGGAUCAUGUUUUUCACCACUCUAGGUGUGUGGAUCUUUAAGCAUGAGAAGUCGGAGGACGAGGGUAGCGAACGAUUGACUAUUGCUCAAACCUACUCGCAGAUGUACUCGGUGUUGCGUCUACCGAGUAUCGUGUCGCUGUCAGUGCUACUGCUUACGAGCAAGAUUGGAUUUGCUGCUGCUGAAAGUGUAGCAUCACUCAAGCUGGUGGAAUAUGGCAUGAAGAAGGAGAAGCUGGCACUGCUAACGCCGAUACUCAUCCCGCUCGGUAUUGUAAUCCCAGUGAUGAUCGGUCGAUGGAUCAAACCGUCACAACCGCUCAAUCUUUUUCUUUGGGGUUACCCCGUACGACUAGCUGUGGGACUUUUAUAUGCUGGGAUUGUGUACGUCACACCCAUGGCGAUGGCGCAAGAGGAGAGUUCUCACUAUGUCUUCUACGGUGUGAUCUUGCUAAUUGGUGCACUGCAUGAAGUCGCAGCCAAUAUGAUGUUCGUCCCGCAGAUGGCCUUCUACGCUCGUAUCAGCGACCCGUCCAUUGGUGGGACAUACAUGACUUUCCUUAACACGAUCACAAACUUGGGCUCAAAGUGGCCUAACUCACUUAGCCUUGCCUUUGUGGAUCAUCUUACCACGCGCGAGUGUCUGGGCGGCUACUUCCACGACGAUGUGCUGGACAUUGGAUCCCAAACAUGCUCGAAUGCCGAGCAGCGUAAGGCCUGUGCUGACGCUGGAGGUGAGUGUCUCAUCAUACGCGAUGGCUUCUACGUGGAGUCGGUCAUCUGCUUGGUGAUCGGUAUCGCCUGGCUGCUCUUCUUCUACCGUCGCAUCCAGUUCCUGCAAAAUCUCAAGAUCGAUAAGUGGCGUGUGAAUGUCUCUGCCGAUUAG